AUGUCGACCCGCUCACAUCAUGGCUGCUGGACGUGUAAACGACGGCGACGUCGCUGCGACAAUGCGCGCCCUUCAUGCCAAAACUGCACCGAUCGUGGAGCCGCGUGCGAGGGCUAUGAGGUUCGGUUAAGAUGGGGUAUGGGGAUUGCGUCGCGUGGUCGCUUGACUGGUGCGGAUACACCGGCCAAGAACUCUGUGCCGCCGAGGCCGAGGGGGAGACAGAGGGAUCUUAUCAAAGAGAGGGAAAGGCAUGCGGAACUAGAGCAGGGCUCUGGUGAGUGUGGGUUAUGA